CUGGGAGUAGAGACAGUAUGGCUGUAACUGGGGAGGACACAGAAACAGGCAACUCGGGUGACUCGACCAGCUCCAGCCUCCCCCAGGAGGGGGCGGGGGCCAGCGCUCGCAGCUCCCUGAAACCACCAGACACCUUGCUAAAGAGGGAGCUCCGCUUGAUGAAGAACAGGGAAGCCGCCCGGGAGUGCCGACGAAAGAAGAAGGAAUAUGUGAAAUGCCUCGAAAAUCACGUGGCCGUGCUGGAAAAUCAAAACAAGACUCUGAUUGAGGAGCUUAGAGCCUUAAAGGACAUCUACCGGCACAAAGCCGAGUGAUUCCUUUGACUGUGCGGACUCCUUCUGCGGUAUGACUUGAGGUCUUUGCUUAUGCAGACACACAUGCACACACUCGCACAAAACACUCCCUGUCCUUGCUGUAAAUAUGUGUUCACACGAUGAUGUCAACGUGUUUGGCUUUGAAUUAGCCGGUGCGUCACCACCAGCAACAACAAGAACCUUGUGUCAGGUCAGGGUUAUUAUCAGUGAGUGUUACGAGGAGCUUAUGUCCCUUUGAACAGGGAGGCUGCCGGAAAAUAUAGGAGGAAAAAGAAGGAAUACAUGGACGGAUUGGAGAGGCGCAUCGCCUUCCUGGAGACAGAGUAUGCGAUGCUGAAGGCCAACUUGCAGUGCGGGAUGACAACGAACAUCGGAACGUGCUGCAAAUGUCUGAAGCCAAGGCUUUCGCAGUUACCACCAUAACUGCACUAUUUGGCUCCAUUAAAAUCUUGUAUCAAUUGAUUGUCUUUCUGAGGGUCUGUUUUGCUCGGGAAAUGCUCCCAGAAGCCAAAAUGCUCAAAGGGGAAUCGGGUCAUCACAGAGCAAUGUUUUGGGUUUUAUGGUAUUCUACUUCAGAAACUCUGAUGCAAGCACACUACCAGCAAUCAACACCCACUGCAUUUAUCACCCAUCUUCCUUUGUAUUUAAUGUAAAGACCUACCACGAUCUGUUGUGGCAUUAUAUAUUUAUUUGGGCAGAUUUACCCUGUAUUUUCUAUUUUUAAAAAGUAUUUGUUAUUUGAAUAAGUGUAUAUUUGGUUAACUAAUACACACAUUUAUGGAAUUAUAUUAACUUACUGUAUACGUGGCUGAAUUUAGAAGUUAAUUGUUUCGGUUCUCUGUUGGUGCUUUGUUAUUCUCCUCUGCAACACCUUACCUGUUAUGUUAUGAUCACCCCUUCUGAUUGACAUUGUUUUUAAUGUAUUUGCUUUAAUAAAGUUUUUGCUCAGUCUCUCUGUG